AUGCACUUCCGACUAUUUCGCAGGUUGAUAUCCACUUCUGCAGAUAUCAGCAAGGUGAGGAAUAUUGGGAUUAUUGCCCAUAUCGAUGCCGGUAAAACUACCACAACUGAAAGAAUGUUAUACUACAGUGGUAAGACCAACAGGAUAGGUAAUGUUGAUCAAGGAGACACAAUUACAGACUUUCUACCCCAAGAAAGAACUAGGGGUAUUACUAUUCAAAGUGCAGCUAUCUCAUUUAACUGGCAGAAAUUGUAUAACAUUAAUUUGAUAGAUACACCUGGACAUGCAGAUUUCACAUUUGAGGUUAUUAGAUCCUUAAAGGUACUCGAUGGUUGUGUAACUAUUUUAGAUGCUGUAGCAGGCGUGGAGGCUCAGACGGAGAAGGUUUGGAAGCAAUCUAAGGGAGUCCCAAAGCUGUGCUUUAUUAAUAAGAUGGAUAGAGUUGGUGCUGGAUACAGCAGAACUGUAAAGGAACUAAUGAUUAAAAUGAAAACAAGACCGCUGCUGAUAAAUACUCCGAUAUUCAAAACUGACACUGAUACCAAACAGCUGGUUUUUGCAGGUGUUUUGGAUGUUGUAAAUGCAAAACAAUUAACCUGGGAUCUAAACGAUCCAGAUAAAAUCGAAGUGUCAUCAAUUACCGAAGACCAUGACUGUUAUGAAGAGCUAGUAAAAUGUAGGGAAUCUCUGGUUGAAACCUUAAGUGAGGUGGACGAAACUCUAGUGGAGUACUUUUUAGAAGCUGCGGAUGGUGAUUAUCUGAAGGUUCCUCCUGAUAUAUUAAAUAAAGGUAUCCGUGAUGCAACGUUGGCACAUUAUGCAACUCCGAUAUUAUGUGGGGCCUCUUUCAAGAAUAUAGGUGUUCAACCGCUGUUGGAUGCAAUUGUUAAUUAUUUGCCAUCACCGCUGGAAGCCAAAGUUCCUGAAUUUAACCGAAAAGAUGUCCCAAUACAUAGUGAUCCAAAGAUGGGAAUAUUGAUUAAUAAUAACAGCAAUUUAUGUAUUGCUAUGGCCUUCAAAGUAAUUACAGAUGCAAUCAGGGGCACGAUGAUCUUUAUUAGAGUUUAUUCAGGAGUCCUGAAUAGUGGAUAUACAGUUUAUAAUUCCACUACAAAUGUUAAGUUUAAGUUAGGCAAACUGGUACGCAUGCACGCCAACGUUCCUGAAGAAAUCAAAUCUUUAUAUCCAGGUGAACUGGGUGUUCUAGUAGGGAGUAAUGUUUCUGAACAUGUUAGAACUGGUGACACUAUUCUUGCUCAUACUACUAAAAAGGAUGGCCUAAGAUCUUUAAACAAGAACACAGAAUUGACUUUACGUAUUCAUCCGAUUGAAAUUCCACCUCCUGUGUUUAGCGUGGCAAUAGAGCCAAAAACCCUUGGGAAUAAAGCAGCCAUGGAUGAAUCCUUGUCCCAGAUAUGUAGGGAAGAUCCCUCAUUGGUUGUUACCAGAGAUGAAGAGACGGGGCAGACACUGCUCAACGGUAUGGGUGAAUUGCAUUUAGAAAUAGCCACUGAUAGAUUGUUGAAAGAAUUCAAAGCUGCAAUUUCUGUGGGUAAAGUUGUAGUUUCAUAUAAGGAAACUAUUAGUGCCAAAUCAGAAGCAAAAACUGUUAGCACAGAAGAUGGAUAUUCUUUGACAAUUCAAGUUGAGCCGUUGGAUCAAAUAUCCAAAGAGCGCCCACAAAAAGGUGAAUCCUGGUAUCCGCUUGGGGACAACAACUAUCUGGUAAUGGAAAAACAUCACAAAUAUCAUAAGAACAAUUGGCCAUUUCAAAUACCUUAUGAAUCUAUCAUAAAUGCAUUGAUUCCAAGUUGCAUUGUAGGCCUUCAAAAAGGUGGUAAAAUCUGCAACUUCCCACUUCAUUCAUGUGUUGUGCGCAUAAGUGGUAAUUGGGAAAUACCCACGGAUUCCACCUCAGUUUCACCAAUCCUGCAUUUAUCUCGAUCAAUUAUUGUUAGUUCGUUUAAUAAUUUUCCUGAGAACUGCUAUUCUAUUUUAGAACCAAUAAUGGAUCUUGAAGUUAUUACACAGCAGCAAGAUCUUGGUAAUGUUGUUCAAGACUUGUCUAGUGCACGGAACGCAAAUAUUCUUUCAAUUGAAGACGAGCAUGACUGGGGAUCAAACUUAAAUUUAGGUAACACCAGUAACAGUUUUAAUGAGAUAGCCAAAAGGCAGUACUUGCCCUCUGAUCCUACAUUGCUCCUAGCCAAAAUCAAUGAGGAAGCGCAAAUUAAUAAGGUUAUUAGAGCACGAGCUCCACUUAGAGAGAUGGUGUCAUAUAUGAAUAAGCUACGAAUGUUGACCAAAGGAAGAGGAAGCAUACAUAUGGAUUAUUGGGGUAUGGAAUUAGCAAGUCAGGAUAGGAUUAGAGAUAUAUUAAGAGACCUGUGA